AUGGCCAUGGACAAUGUUACAGCAGUGUUUCAGUUUCUCCUUAUUGGCAUUUCUAACUAGCCUCAAUGGAGAGACACGUUUUUCACAUUAGUGCUGAUAAUUUACCUCAGCACAUUGUUGGGGAACGGAUUUAUGAUCUUUCUUAUUCACUUUGACCCCAACCUCCACAUUCCAAUGUACUUCUUCCUUAGUAACCUGUCUUUCUUAGACCUUUGCUAUGAAACAGCUUCCAUGCCCCAGGCUUUGGUGCAUUGUUUCUCUACCCAUCCCUACCUCUCUUAUCCCCGAUUUGUCUCCUUGGCUUUGGCCACAGCAGAGUGCCUCCUACUGGCUGCCAUGGCCUAUGACCGUGUGGUUGCUAUCAGCAAUCCCCUGCGUUAUUCAGUGGUUAUGAAUGGCCCAGCUGCUACCUCAUGGGGGACAUCACUUGUGCUCACUGCCAUGCUCAUCCUAUCCCUGAGGCUUCACUUCUGUGGGGCUAAUGUCAUCAACCAUUUUGUCUGUGAGAUUCUCUCCCUCAUUAAGCUGGCCUGUUCUGAUACCAGCCUCAAUGAACUUAUGAUCCUCAUCACCAGUCUCUUCACCCUGUUGCUACCAUUUGGGUUUGUUCUCCUCUCCUACAUACGAAUUGCUAUGGCUGUCAUAAGGAUUUGCUCACCCCAGGGCAGGCUCAAGGCCUUUACCACAUGUGACUCUCACCUAACCAUGGUGACAAUCUUCUAUGGGGCAGCCAUCUCCAUGUAUAUGAAACCUCAGUCCAAGUCCUCCCCUGACCAGGACAAGUUUAUCUCAGUGUUUUAUGGAGCUUUGACACCCAUGUUGAACCCCCUGAUACAUAGCCUGAGAAACAAAGAUGUUAAAGGGGCAAUAAGGAAAGUUAUGUUGAAAAGGAUAUGA